UUUUUUCUGUUUUUUUUUUUUUUUGAUGAAACAUGAGCUUGCUCUAACCAAAGACGAUUUCUUGAUCAAGUUCAUCUUUGGCCUUUUAGACUGAUUCAAUAUACGUUUGAGAAGAAAAAUUAUUGACUGUGAGAAAUCCUAGAGUCGGAGCCAUAGCCAUGGCGUCAUCCUCAGCUUCGCCCCUCCAAAACCCUAAAAAGUUAGGGCUUGUGGCAAAUGCAAUGAAGCGCAGAGACAAAUUCAUUCAGUUCUUCGCCAUGACUGGAAUCUUGCUAUUGAGUGUUAGAUCUCUCGGCCAGAAGUAUCGGAUUCACGACCUUCUCGAGGACACUUCAGCUCUCCAACAGGAGCAACAAACCCUAACCAAUCGCAUCGACAACAUUAAGCAAGCCCUUCUCCGCGAGGCCUCCCUCGAGCCCACUGGUCUCUUUGCCUCCAGGCUACGACUUCUUUUUGGUGAAGACUGAUUCUUCGACAAUAGGAUGAAGAAAUCCAAUGUCUUCAUCAUCGUGUUCAUAGUUCAGUAAACAGUUUAGACAGUAUGCGAAAAACACAUGGGACUGGUGAUUCUUUCACCAAUGAUUUGAUUCAGUUGUAUAGUGUGUUGAAUGGUUUGAUUUGGUUCUGUUUGGAUUGAGUUUUUUUAAGUCUGGUUUUGAGUAUGAUCUCUCUCACAUCUUCUGCCUGAAAAAAAUGUUACUUUCACAAACCCCAUAUGUUCUCUCUCGCUUGAGAAUGACAGGAGCCAUGGAUGAGGAACACUGCUGAACCUUAUCAAGUGGUCCUAGUGACAGUGAAGAUUUUUUUGUUUUUUUGUUUUGGGUGAAAUCAGAUUGGAAAGAAAGAGGUUGAAAUGUUCUCUCUCAAUUUUUCAAGUGUUUUGUAGAUUAUCUUAAUUGUAUGUUUCUUGUACAGUUUAAUUAGCUAAUUGUUGAAAUUCUCAA